CGGACCCCCAGGCGGAGCGACGGUCUCAGGCCCCCAGGCGGAGCGACAGGUCUCAGGCCCCCAGGCGGAGCGACAGGUCUCAGGCCCCCAGGCAGCGGCGGGCGCCGGACCCCCAGCGGAGCGACAGGUCUCGGGCCCCAGGCAGCGGCGGGCGCCGGACCCCCAGGCGGAGCGACAGGUCUCGGGCCCCCAGGCGGAGCGGCGGGCGCCGGACCCCCAGGCGGAGCGACAGGUCUCAGGCCCCCAGGCGGAGCGGCGGGUGCCGGACCCCCAGACGGAGCGACAGGUCUCGGGCAGGCAGAGCGGCGGGCGCGGACCCCCAGGCAGCGACAGCUCUCGGGCCCCCAGGCAGCGGCGGGCGCCGGACCCCCAGGUCUCGGGCCCCCAGGCGGAGCGGCGGGCACCGAGUCACCAGGCACGACAGUGGGCUCCGAGUCAACUGGCAUGACCGCUGGCACUGGGUCAGACAUUGGAUCGUCUGGCUGGACAGCGGGCACUGGGUCACCAGGCAUCAGGUCAUUUGGCUGG